AUGUCGUCCCCGAGGAAGCUCAACAUCCUAAUCACCGGGUGCUCUCCCGGCGGGAUGGGUGCCUCCCUGGCCACGGCCUUCCACGACGCGGGCCACCGCGUCUAUGCCACGGCGCGGAACCCGUCCAAGCUCAACGCGCUCGCCCCGCGGGGCAUGCAGACGAUUCCCCUGGACAUCACCUCGGCGUCCUCUAUCGCCUCCGCCGUCGCAGCCGUCUCCGAAUCCAUGGCCAGCGCUGAGGGCCUGGACAUACUCGUCAACAACGCGGCCGGCAGCUACAUAAUGCCCGUCGCCGACGUCUCUCUUGACGCGGCGAGAGCCCUCUUCGACCAGAACGUCUGGGCGCACGUCGCCGUCACACAAGCCUUUCUGCCCCUGCUCCUCCGGUCCGCCGGGUCGAUGAGGACGCCUCCGUCGGAGGCUUGGUGCAGCUUCGGCGGCGACGGCGACGGCCCGUCCCGGCCUCUAAUUGUCAACCACACCUCCGUCGGGUCUGUCUCCGCACUCCCCUUCCAGGGCGUCUACAACGCAUCCAAGGCAGCCCUCGCCAUGCUCUCCCAGACGAUGCGCAUGGAGCUCGCUCCCUUCGGCAUCGCCGUCGUCGACCUCAAAACGGCCGGGGUCAAGUCCAACAUCAUCGCUAACAAUAACGUCAACACCAAAGCUGAGAGGCUGCCAGAAGGCUCUAUCUACACCUUGGCCCGGGACGUCGUUGAGGAGGCCAUGAGUCAGGAGGCCCUUGCCUCAGUGGGCAUUUCGGCGGACCAGUGGGCCGCCGAGGUGGCGCCGUUGCUGCUGGGCCGGAGCCCGCCCGCCGUCAUCUGGAAGGGCGAGAGCGCAACCGUGUCCCGGCUGGCUUGCGCGAUGCCUUGCAACAUGAUCGAGGGGUACAUCAAGAAGUUGACCAAGCUGGAUGUUGUGGAGGAGAUCAUCACGGAAAGCAGGAAAUGA